AUGGAAGUGACAGACCCAGAAUGCCACUUUGAAGGCAUCGCGUACGUGGAUGGCGAGGCAUCGGGAAAGCUAGUGGCAAGUGAUGUGCAACUGAGCUUCUGGGGUGGAGUGGAUCCUCGGACGAGCGAGGUCAUUGACCGUCACCAUCCAUUGAGUGGAAAACACCUCGAAGGCUCUAUCCUUGCUAUUCCAAGUGGACGUGGCUCGUGUACAGGCAGCGCGGUUAUGUUGGAGCUUCUUCUAAACAACAAAGCACCCAGCGCACUUUUGCUCGAACGCAGAGAAGACAUCCUGACACUUGGAGUCAUCGUCGCACAAGAAGUCUUUGCCAAAUCAAUUCCUGUGGUGACUAUUGGUCGGGAAAACUUUCACAAUCUGCUCAGAUUUAGCGGGUGCAACUUGCAUGUCGCUGGUGGUCAUGUUUCAAUGAGAAGGCCCCUCUCUGAGAAAAGCAAGAUCUCAUCGCGCAUUGGAAUCGAGCCAGCUCUUUCCACGAGCAAUAUCGAGCUUACAGAGCUUGAUCAAGCGAUCCUCGAUGGUCUUCACGGCAAUGCUGCAAGCGUAGCAAUGCGCAUAGUUCUCCGGCUGGCAGUGAUUCUUGAAGCUACAGAGCUGAUGGAUGUCACGCAGGUCCAUGUCGAUGGAUGUGGAUACACCGGGCCAGGAUCGCUAGCUUUCGCAGAAGCUCUCCGGGAUCGUGGUGGGAAGGUCCGAGUUCCGACUUCUUUGAACUCGAUUUCAGUCGACAAAAAUCUUGGCCGUGUGGAAGGAUUUGAUGAAGAGUUCAGUGAAGCAGCCAAAAGGUUAGCGGAUGCCUACACUGACAUGGGAGCGCAGCCAACGUUCACAUGUGCCCCAUAUCAACUUAAAAGCGCCCCAAAAUUUGGAGAUCAAAUAGCAUGGGCGGAGUCAAACGCAGUUGUAUACGCAAACAGUGUGCUUGGAGCGAGAACGAUGAAAUACCCAGACUUUCUCGACAUCUCAGUUGCCCUAACUGGUCGAGCUCCGAAGGGAGGUCCGCACGUUCAACACAACAGAUUGGCUUCACUUGUCGUGAAUAUCCCCAGAUUCCAGGAUGAAGAGAUUGAUGACUCUUUCUUUCCCUUGCUGGGAUACCACGUUGGGACACUGGCGACGAGAGAGAUUCCAGUUGUUACCGGAAUGGAGUCACUGGCCCCCACGCUAGACGAUUUGAAAGCUUUCGGGGCUGCAUUUGCGACUGUCUCUAGUGCUCCAAUGUUUCAUAUCGUCGGUGUGACACCCGAAGCACCAACUCUUGAGGUUGCAGUUAGGCAAGGGCCUGAUCUGCAUUCUAUCGACAUACAACUCGGUGAUUUGCUCCCCUGCUGGGAUUCCCUUAACAGUGCGUUGAAAGAUCAACCUGUUGACUUGAUCUCUUUGGGCAAUCCGCACUUUUCAUUGACAGAAAUAGAAAAGCUUGCUGAGCUCUUCAAGGGACGGACCAAAGUUGAUGGAGUUGCUGUGAUGGUAACAUGCGGAAGAGCAACCUAUGCCAAAGCCUGUCAAGCCGGGCUGGUGGAUGAAUUGGAUGCAGUAGGGGUUCAGUUUAUCACUGACACAUGCUGGUGUAUGAUGACUGAACCGACUAUUCCUAAGUCUGCGAAUGCUAUCAUGACGAACUCUGGGAAGUAUGCCCACUAUGGGCCAGGUCUUACCGGGAAGAGGUUUUAUUUUGGGAGUGUGGCCAGGUGCGUUGAGGCUGCAUGUGGAGGUGAUUUUGCCAAAAUCAGGCCAAGCUGGCUUGGACAUCUCAAGGCAGUGAAUCCAAACACAUUAUUGGGAAAAAGUUGA